AUGGAGCAACAACGAAAGAAUUUUUAUAUUACUCGUGCAUACAAUAAAUUUCAUCAAGACCGCAACCCUAUCUUCAGUAUCCAAGAAUUGGAUUACGAUACCUUGGAUGAUAUCAUAACCCCUAAUGGAUUCAAGGAAAUUUUUUCUCACCCAUAUACGUAUGAUUAUAUACCUACUGGUCAGAAUAUAUUUUCGAGUGUGCUUGAUCGUUUCGUGCGCCAAUAUGUCAACCCAAAUAUCAGUAAUGAAAAGUUCUUGGAACUAGCCGACUCACUUUGGUGCAUGUUGGAAGAAAAAUAUAAGCAUUCUUACAUGACUCUCGCAGAAAGCGCUUUACUGUACGAGAAUACCGUCAGGAUCUUUGAUUUAAACACACUGAAUGAAAAUAUCAUUUAUUCUACAUCCGAUAGCAACUUCUAUUACUUUGAUCCAAUCAUUUUUUAUGAUUAUACUUUUUAUUCUUUUGUCGUCUAUGUAUCUCCCAUGGACAGCGAUUCUACACAAAUCGUCCCUCAAAACCACGUUACCACAGACAGCGAUACUCUUGGUAACCUCAUUUUCGGUUCCAACGAUGAUCUCUUCGAAUUGUGA